AUGAAACUCACUUGCAAACAAUGUAAAACCCUAAUCGAAGACCCGAACUUCGUCGAGAAGCACUUCUCCCGCAUGCGUGGCCGUGAACAGCAGCUCACAGUCAUCACCGAAGCUUCUCCAGAUGCCAAUUCAUCAUCAUCAUUAUCAUCAUCAUCAGGUUUCAAAGUAUCUUGCAUGGGUAUCGAUUUCAACCGUCUUAAAAAGCCUUGUUUGAAUAUCAAAGUCUUUGUGCCUACUCUUGUUAAGGCCGUGUUUGAGUGCGAUGGUCUUUUGGUAUGGGUCAUGGAACAUAAUCUUUUGAUCUUGAAUCCCUUGCUGCGUAGAGGAACAAUUGUACCUGUACCACCACCUUGCUGUGGAUAUGACUAUUGCAACUAUGCGUACGGUCUUGGUUACGUUACGAACCCAAGAAGCUCUAAUGAUUACAAGAUAGUUAAGUUUAGUUGUGAUAGUACUCGUAAACUUGAUUCAUGGGUGUACGAUUUCAAAUCUCAGUCUUGGAAUGAAGUUUUCGAUAAAAUCUUUGAUGGGUUCUUCAGCGUUCCAAUGUCGAGCGUGUGUUUCAGAGGGACUCCUUACUGGAUAGGUAUUUGCAAGCGCGGUACUAUCUAUUCGAUCCAGAGUUUCGAUUUCGAAAGAGAGUGUUUUGAGCCCCUGCUUCUUCCGCCUACAACUUUUGAGUGGGGAGAUUCUCUUUCUUUAGGGGUUUUCAAAGUAGAUUACAUCUCUUUGUUGCAUCGAUCAAGUUUGACCGGUGAAAUACACUUGUGGGUGAAGAAGCAGCAGUGGAGCAUGAUGAUGACCGUUGUUAUACCUGAAGCGACCAUGUUUCAUAUGCACUCUAGUUACUUGAUUGAGAACAAUAGUAAGCUGGUGGUGAAAUGGCUGGUAGUUGUCACUUUGAAAUGGCUGGUAGUUGUCACUUUGAAACCAAGUCUGUUACUAUCUACGUUGUUGGGGAGAAUGAAGAGUUUCAAAAAGUUGAAUAUCGCUGUGGGACAAAUAGUAUAA